GUGGAUGGGUGGAUGGGUGGAUGGGUGGAUGGGUGGAUGGGUGGAUGGGUGGAUGGAUGGAUGGAUGGAUGGAUGGAUGGAUGGAUGGAUGGAUGGAUGGAUGGAUGGAUGGAUGGAUGGAUGGGUGGGUGGGUGAAAAGCCCUGGGGAUGGUGUUGCCCAUGAGAAAGGAGACCCUGGGAACAACAAGAGUAUGUUUUCUGUGAGAAUGAUCUGGAGAGAAGAAAUAGUUAUAAGGUAAAGGUUCACAACUAAUCAUUUUACUAGUACCUGUCACGAAGUGGGAAGAAUAUGCAGCAAACUUAAAGUCACUUUGCAGAUCGAAGUUUAAGGAGAUAAAUUGCCAAAUAGCAUAUAAUGCCACUAAAAUGGAUGUGUGAUAUGUCUUAUCUCUAACCAAAUACAUUAAAUCCCAGAGGCAUCAUUUUAAACCUUAUAAAUUUAGUGUCCUGUGGCCCCAAAGUAAUUUAUAAUUUUAUUGCUCUUUUUUCUCAAAAAGAAAUAGAGACUAUGGACUUUCAGAGCUAUUUUUUAAUCACACAGCCAGACAGGGACUCCAGACCAGAUGCCCUGGCCCCAUGCAAGACAAAGAAUGUAGAGCUUGGAUCUCUGAGUAUUUUCUUCAGUUGACGGAGGAGAUACACUAUGGAAAGUGCUAAUCAGACCUCAUCUGUGACAGAGUUUGUUCUCCUGGGACUCUCAGCUCACCCAAAGCUGGAGAAAAUGUUCUUUGUGCUCAUCCUCCUGAUGUAUCUGGUGAUCCUGCUGGGCAAUGGGGUCCUCAUCCUGGUGACUGUGUCUGUCCCCCGCCUGCACACGCCCAUGUACUUCUUCCUGGGGAACCUCUCCUUCCUGGACAUCUGCUACACAACCUCCUCAGUCCCCCUUAUUCUUGACAGCUUCCUCACUCCCAGGAAAACCAUCCCCUUCUCAGCCUGUGCUGUGCAGAUGUUUCUCUCCUUUGCCAUGGGAGCCACAGAGUGUGUGCUUCUGGGCAUGAUGGCAUUUGAUCGCUAUUUGGCUAUCUGCAACCCCCUUAGAUACCCUGUCAUUAUGAGCAAGGUGGUCUAUGUGCCCAUGGCUGCCAACUGCUGGGCAGCUGGAAGUGGUGCCUCCAUUGUUCAAACCUCUCUGGCAAUGAGGCUGCCCUUCUGUGGGAACAACAUCAUCAACCACUUCACCUGUGAAAUCCUGGCUGUCCUGAAGUUAGCCUGUGCUGACAUCUCCAUUAACGUGAUAAGCAUGGGAGUGACAAAUGUGAUCUUCCUGGGAGUCCCAGUACUGUUUAUCUUUGUCUCCUACAUCUUCAUACUCACCACCAUCCUGAGGAUCCCCUCAGCAGAGGGAAGGAAAAAGGCCUUCUCUACCUGCUCUGCCCACCUCACAGUUGUGGUUGUCUUCUAUGGGACCAUCCUCUUCAUGUAUGGGAAGCCCAAGUCUACGGACCCACUGGGGACAGACAAGCAGGACGUUUCAGACAAGCUCAUCUCCCUCUUCUAUGGGGUGGUGACCCCCAUGCUCAACCCCAUCAUCUACAGCCUGAGAAACAAGGAUGUGAAGGCCACUGUGAGGAAUCUGGUAUUUCAGAAACACUUCACCCAGUAA